CGAAGUUUUUCUUGUGGCUUUCAGCAGAAGAAAUGAGUAAAGCGUAGACCUAGAAAUGAGUGAUUCGAUGUGAGAAUAGCUACGAUAGUUUAGUCGAACAAAUUAUAAACACGAUUUUUGUUGUUCUAGACUUGUGUGUUAUGAUUUUUGCCUCCAUCAUCUCGUAGAAGAAGAACCAACAAGAUUUGAAAGGAUGAGUAGUUUCCAAGGGUUCUCGUUUGGUCAACAGCAGCCUAAGCAGGCGAAGGCUCCUACUGCAUCCACUCCGCAGCACUUAUUGCAGCCUGCGCGAGGUGAGGACACCUCUAUGAAACGGCCACGCCCAGAAGAUCUUUUAGCGCAAGAUCUUCGCACAGAGAGGUGGGAAGCGGUGCAGAAACGCUCUAAGAAGAACCAGCAGCGUGCCGCAGAGUUAGCAGUUGAAGAUGAGGACGACGAUGACGACCCACUGGCGCAAUUCAUGAAACAGAAUGCUGUUGCUUUGGAAAAAGAUGCAGGACCACAAAAUUAUGACUCCGAAUUAUAAGUUUAAGUUGACUUUGAGUCUUUUAGCUAGGUUAUUUUAUGGUGUUGAUGCCUUCGUCAAGUACUAGGUAGAAGUUGCAACUAGAAGUUUGGGCUGUUAUUUGAAUUUGCCUUUGCCUUUUUUUCUAAAUUGUAGCCUACGUCCUGGAGUAUGAGGAGGACGAUAUUGGUGGUAGUGCUAUUGCGGACUACGUGGAACGAGAGGAGCAAAAGGCUCUAGCGGCUCUCAAGCGUAAGACUGGCCGCGAAGAUAUCACCGAAGAGGAGCUUCAGGAGUCUAUGAAUUCGGCGACCGGCAGUGGCAAGACUUUGGAGGCUUUAGAUCUGAAGGUUGACCACAGCAAGAUGAACUAUCCUCCGUUCGAGAAGGAUUUGUAUGAGGAGCAUCGCUUGGUGCGCGCAAUGUCCGCGCAGGAAGUGACAGAUUUGCGGAAGGAGUUGGGUCUCACCUGCACGGGUGCAGAGAUCCCGAAACCCGUCCACUCGUUCGCGCAUUUUCGUUUAGACCCUUUCAUCAUGGACGUCUUGCGCCGUAACGACUACGAGACGCCGACGCCGAUCCAGGCACAGGCAGUGCCGUGUGCGCUGAAAGGCCGUGACGUGAUCGGAACCGCGCAGACGGGUUCGGGAAAAACGUUGGCGUACGUGCUGCCGAUGCUGGGUCACAUUCUGUCGCAAGAAGGCGUGCCGCUCAAAGUGGGGGAAGUCGGCCCCGUGGCUCUGAUCCUGUGCCCGACGCAGGACUUAGCAGUGCAGAUCGAACGUGAGAUCUACAAGUUCGGAAAGAAAUCAGCUGGACUUCGGUCCGUUACGUUAGCCGGCGGGUUGAGCAAGAAGGAGCAAUUCAAAAUGUGUAAAAAGGGGUGCGAGAUCGUGGUCGGCUCGCCAGGCCGAGUCAUGGACCUCAUCAAAAUGAAAGCCAUCGGGCUGCAACGCGUCACCUAUCUCGUACUGGAUGAAGCAGACCGAAUGCUAGACAUGGGCUUCGAAUAUCAGGUACAGCCAAGUUUUUCUAUUUCGAGUAGUUUCCUUUUCAUAAGGUUGGGGCUUAGGUCCAGCGGCGCUCAAAGCACUAAAAGAAAACAGCCGGUUAGUUUUUACCUCUAAAGGCUUAGCCCUUCCAACAAUCUACUUCGAGUAGUUUUUCCAUCUCCUACAUAACGACCUUUCUUCACUGCCUUCUGCCUUGCCCCGUCGUGCCUGUACUUUUCGCAAGAUACGAUGAGAGACAGCGGACCGAAGCACGGAUACCUUCAGAUACGUACCUUUAGCUUUUCUGAGAACUGUCAAGUUAAGUGAUCAUCUCAGCUCCACCUUCUAACAACUCAUUGCUCCACCUUCCAACAACAAAAGGUAACUUCUAUUGUGAAGAAUGUGCGUCCGGACAGGCAGACUUUGUUGUUUUCCGCAACUUUUCCACCGAAGAUCGAGAUGUUAGCGCAGAAUUACCUAACGCGAGCUGUGCGUAUCAUGGUCGGACAAACCGGAAAGUCUGCAGAUACAGUAGAACAGAUUCCAGUCGUCGUAGAAUCUGACGACGCGAAGUUAGAUUGGAUCACGAAGGCGAUGCCUGGUAUAGCACUUAUAGAUUUCCUAGGUUUUGUACAAACCUUCGCUUGAGAUCGUUAUGCUGAAAGUACUGACUAAAAGUAAAAGCUGCUCUCCAACAUCCAUAACAACUGAUUAUUUCACAUACGUUUCUAUACCUCUCCUGCGACUGCAACAACUAAGACGAAAUUCAAUCGUAAUAUUGAUUCAGGUAUCUUCGCGCAGGGACAGACGCUAAUUUUUACGCGUUCUAAGGACCGAACGGAGUUAGUGUUGAAGCAUAUGCACACGUAUCUGCCGAACUGCGCACCAGUCGCCUGUUUACAUGGCGACUUGGAACAGACGGACCGUCUAGACAUUCUGGGUCGCCUCCGCAAAGGACGGCUUCGCGUGGUCAUCGCGACAGACGUGGCCGCUCGUGGGCUCGACAUCGCUGGCAUUCGCACCGUCGUUUGCGUAGAUGGGGCGCGGAAAGUGGAAACGCACACUCAUCGAGUAGGCCGUACGGGACGCGCGGGUAUGGACGGCACGGCUUACACUUUAUUGACGAAGAAUUCCAAGGACGACGCGCGGCUCGCGGCGCACAUCGUAGAGACCCUGGAGUAUCAGCAAGCGGAAGCGCAAAAGGAGGUACAGAAGAUUAGUGGAGGCGAAGCCAAGGAUGUUGACGUUUCAGCAAUGAUUCCGCCAGACGUCUUGGAUCUUGCGUUGUCGCACGGAGCGUUCGCGGCACACCGCAAGCAGGGCAAGAAUAAUGCUGUCGGAGGUGGAAACGGUACUUCUGCACUGGGCAAGGACAAGAGCGCAUCUUCUAGUACAACAACAACAGCCGCAGGAGGGCGCAGUCGCUUUGUUCCGGCUACCUCUAAUGAUACGGAAGUGAAGUGCCGAGAUUCUAGCACCAGAAGUACGGCAAAGGAUGCAGCAAUGUCGCUGGCCGACGAAGUGCUUGCGCGACAAGAGGCCAUGAUCGCUUCUCGCAACGCUGGCGGAGUCUUCUCAUUGCAAGCAAAGGACCAGGCAUCUUCGGGUAUUGGUUUCGGGAGUAACAAAGGCAAAGGCAAACCUACAGCAGUAGAGCAAUCGUGGCAUCAGAGACCACAGGAGCCGGCGCAGGGCCCGGCGGUUGGACCUGCAGUGGGUCCGGUGGUUGGACCUGCAGUGGGUCCGGUGGUUGAGCCUGCAGUUGGGCCUUCAGUGGGUCCGGCGGUCGGACCCGCUCCUGGACCUAUUCCAGGACCUGCAGUCGGCCCUUCGCUCCCUGGCAAGGAAUCUCCUGUUGGACAAUCUCGGUAUGAGUUUGGCAACAAGGGUGGCCCGACCGGCCCGAUCAUCCCGGACUGGAAUAUGGGUGAGGCCGCGCCAGUGCAGGGUGGCAGCAAGGUCUUUCUUCCCUCGUCCGGUGCCGAAAACAAAGUGAACAAGAUAACCAUCACAAAAGUUGCUUCUACUUCUGGAGGUAGUGGUACUAGUGGACCUAAUCAGGGAGGAGGGAAUUCUCCGUCUGAGGACGAUAGCGAUUCGGACGACAUCUACGCGCCAGGGGUGACGAAUCGUUUCGGGAAGGCUGCUGCGCACCAGGUAGGUCUGCAAAGAAUGGGGAUUUCCAGCCGCGUAGUCUCCGCACCGCCACCAGGCUAUCCGCCACGACAACCCCCAGGUAGCCCUCACAAGCGCGGCGAUGACCGAGGCCCCCGUCCCGCACCCCUUGAAGCACUUCCCCGAGUCACUGGCCCCACACGACCUUUGUAGAAAAAGAUAGACUACGACUGGUAUUUCGUUAUUCUGCUGUGCGAUUGUAGCUACUUUAACUACAGUAAGCGAUGGAGGAAAAACAAAAACACUUCAGGUCACACUGUGUGCCAGAUCGACGUCCCAAAUGAAACCAUACCCUCUAUGCCUCAAUCGCCAUGAUAUGAAAAAAUCUAUGCGAAAUGAAAAUAAUAGAAUAUCCGUCCAUGCUUCCGUGCUGGUCUCAACCAGCGAUUUUG